AAAGUCAUUAAAACUGUAAUAUAUUCUGUAAUUAUAUUUUAUAUUUGAUAAUUUAUUAGUAUUGUUAAGACUAAUCGUUCCUCUUUCUCUAACUUUAGAUUAUACGAAUAUUCCAAAACGAGGUUACUUACAUCUUUAACUAAGUUAUCUGUAACAAGCAUUUAUGCGUUGAUAUGGCGUUGACAUGACAGACGAAGUAUUUUAAAAUGAUGGUGAACUGCCAUGGCUGCGGCGUAUGUGUGUAUAUUAUAAACUUGUUAUGAAAAUAAUAUAAUUGUCAUUUUUUAAGAAUAUGACUACCUACCAGAAAUUUGUGUCUGACUAUUGCAAGACAUGGGAGAAAUCAGGGAAAGAACUGUUUAUUAAAACAGUGACGCAAUAUGUUAAAGAUGAAGGAAAAACCCCAUUGUUUAGUAAAUCAGGAAAGCUGUCUGGGUUGUCACAAAGCAUAUAUGAUUUAUUGCUAUGUGGUCUCCGUGGUAACUUGAAAAAGGAUGCUGUUGUAUCCAUACUUCAUGAUAUUACUACAUUACAUGCCGACAUACCCUCAAUAAUCUUAGAUGUUACAUGCAUACUUGAUGCAGAAACUUGCACUGAUGUGCAGAGUGAAGACAGAACAAACUUUUGUUAUAUAGUCAGAGAAUUAGAAUCUUUUAUAUCUGACAAAUUACUUAAGGAGCGACUUGAAAUUGACACUUUACAAGAUGUUGGGACAUUGAAAAAUAAAAACUUUUAUACAAAAUUCAUUAAAAUAAAAACCAAGUUAUAUUAUAAACAACGUAAGUUCAAUUUGUUUAGAGAAGAAAGUGAAGGAUACGCAAAGUUAAUUGUAGAAUUAAAUCAGGAAAUCACAGAAGAUACAGAAUGGAAGACACUACUAGAAAUCAUACAAUCUUUAAUAGGUUGUUUUAAUUUGGAUCCGAACAGAGUUCUAGACAUAAUAUUAGAAUCUUUUGAGGCUAGACCUCAUCUAGAUCAACUGUUUAUAUCUCUUAUUAAAAAUUACAUGGUUGAUCCGCAAGUCAUAUCAGAGGUUUUAGGUUUUAAACUUGGAAACAUGGAGGUGUUAGAAAAUUAUAAGGAACCACCUCCUUUAAUGACUAUAAUAGCUUUACUAUUGCAACAUGAGGUCAUCUCUUUAGAUGAUAUUUAUCCUUGGUUGCGUCCUGAUGAUACAAUAAUGGCGAAGGAAGCCGAAAAGGAGAUUAAAUCAGUACAGGAUUAUAUUCGGAAACUUAGUAUUGUUUCAACAAAAGGACCACAAGCUAAUGGUUCUACCGAUUUCAUUGAAGAGAAGGCAGAUCCUCAGGAAUACUGGAGUAAUCAGAAGCUAGUGUUAUGCGAGGCGUUGCUGAAGGUGACCGCGUGGCGCGAGUUUGCCGCACUGUCAGCCCGGCUGCCUACUACAAGCAUGGCCCCACGUCCUGCUUUAGCUCUAUGUGCUAUGUUACAUGCACUCAUAGAGCCACUUUAUAGAACACAUUGCCGUGUUGCUCCAAAAAUUAUAGGAAUACCAGUUCCUCCUUUGAAGUCAAACCUGGCUCCUAGAGCGUGCAAAACUUUCCAAGAUAUGAAGGAAACUGUCAUUCCAGCUCUAAUAAUAUUAGGGCCUUCUUUACACCAUGAUCCUGUUUUAAUGUACAAAAUAAUUCGUAUAUUAAGAACGUCUCGUUCGUUAACCGAAGAUCCGUUGCAUUAUGAAGCGAUUACAGUACUGGACACGGCGAUUCUUCCAGCGCUCACACUUAUGGAAGGAAAUUGUUGUAUGGCUGAAGAAGUGUACACUUUAUUGAAGCUAUAUCCGUACCAAUGCAGGUACUGUUUAUAUUCUCGUUGGAAAAACGAGUCUGGUGAGAAAAUACCAGCACUGAUGCGUGUUAGAGGUAACUCCCUGCAGAGAAUAAAACACAUUAUGAAGCGUGUGUCCAAGGAGAAUAUAAAACCACAGGGUCGUUUGAUCGGCAAACUGUCUCAUGCUGCACCGGCUUUCCUCUUCGAUUAUAUGCUUUUACAGAUUCAGACGUAUGAUAAUCUGAUAGGUCCAGUAGUGGAAUCAUUGAAGUACUUGACAUCGCUAUCGUUGGAUGUGUUGGGUUAUUGUUUGCUGGAGGCGCUGUGUGCGGGUAAGGGCAACAUUGGAGGCGCCGCACACCCGCCCUGGCUACAAGCACUAGCUGCGUUUGCUGGAGCCGCCUUCAAGAAACAUAACAUUGAACUGACCGCUCUUUUGCAGUUUGUUGCUAAUAGGCUAAAGGCUCAACAAAGUCAGGACUUAUUAAUUUUGAAAGAAAUUGUACAAAAGAUGGCUGGCAUUGAAGCCGCAGAAGAGAUGACACCUGACCAACUUGAUGCCAUGGCAGGAGGUGAACUCUUGAAAGGGGAGGCUGGUUACUUCUCACAAGUUCGUAACACUCGGAGGUCGUCCGCACGACUCAAGGACGCUGUUGUAGGCAACAAUUUGGACAUCGCUCUGUGCAUACUGUCAGCUCAACAACGUCAUUGCUGUGUAUGGAAAGAAUGCGAGGAUGAGGUAUCGAGUGGGGGGGAGCCGGCUGGGUCGCAGCUGAAGGUGGUGGGGCGGCUGGCAGACCAGUGCCAGGACGCGCUGGUGCAGCUCGGCACCUUCCUCGCCUCCUCGCACGCGCCAGACGAGUACGCGGCCCGACUGCCGCCAUUGCAGGAACUUCUACAAGACUAUCACGUGGACGCGGACGUUGCGUUUUUCCUGCACCGUCCAGUUUUAGCGCAGAAAAUAACCGCAAAGACAGAAGCACUGCGUAAAGAAUCUGACAGUAAAACGGAGUCGCAGGAACUGAGCAUAGAAAGAUAUUGUUCAGCUUCCAAAGAAAUUUUAGAACCAGUCAUCAUAUCUAUAACUCCUCUUCUACCUUCUAGAGUUUGGGAAGAUAUAUCGCCAGAGUUCUAUGUCUCGUUUUGGUCUCUGUCUAUGUACGACCUCAAAGUUCCUGAAGAAAGUUACGACCGUGAGAUCGAACGUUUAAAAUCUGCUGCAGCGACAGCCGCCAAGGAUGUCUCUCAAGGAGCCAAGGGCAAGAAGGAGCAGGAGCGCUUUAAGACAUUGAUAGAAAAACUGCAGGAGGAGCGUCGCCGUCAGCGCGAGCACACUGGGCGCGUGUCGGCGCGUCUGCAGCGCGAGUGCGCGGGCUGGUUCCCCGCGCGCGCCGCCAAGUCCGCAAAGAACGAGACGGUGACGCGUCUCAUGCAGCUCUGUCUCUUCCCGCGCUGCGUCUUCACCGCCGCAGACGCGCUCUACUGCGCACAGUUCGUGCACACUGUACACGCUCUCAAGACCCCCAACUUCUCCACGCUGCUCUGCUACGAUAGGCUGUUCUGUGACAUAGCGUACUCAGUGAUGUCGUGUACGGAGGGCGAGGCGGCGCGUUACGGCACUUUCCUGUGUCAAGUGCUGGCGACGGCAAUGCGGUGGCACGCAGACCGCACGGCAUUCCAUCGCGAGUGUGCGCACUAUCCCGGCUUCGUCACCAAGUACCGCGUCUCCAACCAGUUCACUGAGGCCAAUGAUCAUGUCGGAUACGAGAACUAUAGACACGUGUGUCAUAAAUGGCACUACAAGAUAACGAAGGCUAUGGUGGUGUGCUUGGACUCAGGGGACUACGUACAGAUCCGCAACGCACUCAUAGUCCUCAUACGAGUGUUGCCGCACUUUCCUGUGUUGGGGAAACUGGCGCAGAUCAUUGAGAGAAAAGUUGAAAAGGUAAAAGAAGAAGAAAAGACUCAACGUCAAGAUCUGUACGUACUGGCUACGGGAUACAGCGGACAGCUGCGUAACAAAGUGCCCAAUAUGAUGAGAGAGUGUGACUUCCAUCAAAUCGGGGAUCAGCAAAAGGUGUUGGCUGCAGCAUCAGCGCCCGCCGCCGCUGUGAAGGAGGAAGCUGCGCCAGUUAAGCCGGAGACUGAAGCAAGCACCUCCCCGCAACCUGUCGAUUCAGAUAAAAGAGAGCCGAGGAACAGUGACAGACGGCGAGAGGAGUCCGAUCGCGAGAAAGAAUCUAAACGCGAGUCUAGAUCGUCCCUUAAAGAGAGAGCUAAAGAAGACGUAAGAAGUAAAGAUAGAUCACCCAGAGACAGAUCACAUAGAGAGGAGCGUUAUUUGGAAGCCGUGUCACCUCCACAUGACCAUCGUCAUCCAGCUGACGAUAUAGAUCGUGACGUGAAGCGUCGCAAAGUAGAAAGCAGCGGCUCUGGCAAGGGUAGCAAAGAUAUCGAGGAACGUUCACCAGAAAAGGAAAAGAGAAAGUCUAAAAUAAGAGGAGAUGAACGUAAAGAGCGUAAGAUGAGCCGCAAGAGGGAUAGAGCAGAAGAGACUGCGAUUUUAGAACAAAAGAGGCGUCGGGACGAACAAAAAGCUGUGGUGAAAAUGGGCAACCAUCAAAACGGUUCGCAGGAGGAUCACCAUUAUGAAAAGUAUCAUAAAAGGGAUAAAUCGCCUUUUCGAGACCGUUCCCACGAAGAACCGAGAGACAAACACAGGCGAACAAAUGAAUCGAAGAUAAGAAGAUAGAAAAC